AUGGGGCACGGCGUGAGCUGCGCCCGCACCGGCGACGAGCACGACUACUUCCGCGCGGCGCAGGUCGGGGACCUCGACGCCCUGGGCGCGCUCCUCGCCGCCGACCCCUCCCUCGCCCGCCGCGCCACGCUCUACGACCGCCUCUCCGCGCUCCACAUCGCCGCCGCGAAUGGCCGCUUCGAGGUGCUGUCCAUGAUCUUGGAUCACGGGGUGCCGCCGGACGCGGUGAAUCGGCACAAGCAGACUCCGCUGAUGCUCGCGGCGAUGCACGGCAAGAUCGACUGCGUGCUCAAGCUCCUGCAGGCCGGCGCCAAUAUCCUGAUGUUCGACUCGCUGCACGGGCGGUCCUGCCUGCACCACGCGUCCUACUUCGGCCACGUCGACUGCCUGCAGGCCAUCCUCACGGCGGCGCGGACCACGCCGGUGGCCGACUCAUGGGGUUUCGCCCGGUUCGUCAACGUCAGGGACGACCACGGCGCCACGCCGCUGCACCUCGCCGCCAGGCAGGGCCGCCCCGGCUGCGUGCAGGUGCUGCUGGAGAACGGCGCCAUUGUCUCCGCCCUCACCGGCUCCUACGGGUUCCCCGGUAGCACAUCGCUGCAUCUGGCCGCUCGCAGCGGGAACCUGGAUUGCAUCCGGAAGCUGCUCGCCUGGGGCGCAGAUCGUCUCCAGAGGGACUCAGCAGGGAGGAUUCCUUAUGCCGUUGCGCUGAAGCGCAACCACGAAGCGUGCGCGGCGCUGCUGAACCCUUCGUCAGCGGAGCCCAUGGUGUGGCCUUCCCGCUCAAGUUCAUCAGCGAGCGACGCAGAGCUGUGCUGCAUCUGCUUCGACCAGGCGUGCACGAUCGAGGUGCAGGACUGUGGGCACCAGAUGUGCGCGCCGUGCACGCUGGCGCUGUGCUGCCACAGCAAGCCCAACCCGACGACGCUUACACUGUCAUCGCCGGCCUGCCCCUUCUGCCGCGGCAGCAUCUCGCGGCUGCUCGUGGCCAGGGCAAGCACCACGUCCAUUGAUGACGCGGACAAGGCUGCUGCUGCGGCGGCCUCCUCCCCGCAGCUUGUCCGGCGGCGGUCCCGGCGAUCUCACAACCUCAGUGACGGCGGGAGCAGCAGCUUCAAGGGGCUGUCGUCUGCCGUGGCCGGGUCCUUCUCCAAGAUCGGACGCGGAUCGAGCCGGAUGGCCGACAACGACAGCAUGGACAAGCCCGAGCACGACCUGUGA